AUGUCAAGAGCUGGCCCUACAUUUAUCAAGCUUGGUCAAUGGGCGGCUUCUCGCACUGAUCUAUUCUCACCACAAUUAUGUCAUAUAUUAGGUCGCCUGCACUCAGCAGCACACCCUCACACAAUCACCCACACGCAUAAGGUCCUCACAUCUACCUACUCGCACGCAGACUCGCUCAAAGACAUAUUUGAAGAAUUCGAUGAGAAACCCAUUGGGUGUGGUGCUAUCGCCCAAGUUUAUAGGGGGAAACUACGUGAACAUCUUAUACCAAGUGACUGGAGAGUCGCGAACCAGCAUGAAGAAGACAGCUGGUUAGUCGCAUCUAUCACAAAAGCCCUCAACAACUUGCAGACUCGCAACGAUGACAUACCGCGUCAAGAUCUCAUUACUGCGUCAAGACACGUUGCUGUCAAGGUGAUACACCCAAAUGUAACAGAGCUUAUCGAGCGCGAUCUAGCUAUAUUGUAUUUCGGCGCCUCUGCCCUGUCGCUUCUUCCGGGGAUGAAAUGGCUAUCUCUUCCAGAGGAGGUCACUGUAUUUGGUAGUCUAAUGCGCUCACAGCUUAAUCUAAGCGUCGAAGCCUACAAUUUGGCGAGAUUUGAAGACAAUUUCAGAGAGCGCAGAGGUGCUGCUAGCUUUCCAAAACCUGUCUUCUCGUUAUGUGCAAAAGAUGUUCUGGUAGAAGAAUUCGAAGAGGCUCUCCCACUCAAGACAUUCCUCAAGUUCGGUGGAGGCGGUUUUGAAGAGCGCAUAGCCGGUUUGGGUUUGGAUGCCUUUUUGAAUAUGCUUUUAAUAGACAAUUUCGCACACGCCGAUCUUCAUCCUGGCAACAUAUACAUCAAGUUCUACAAGCCAACUUCCAUCGAUCUUAUCAAGAACAUUUUCUCGUCGUUGAUAUCAAGACCUCGCUCAACUACUGACCUCACGACCAACGAUACAUCGAAAGAAGUGAUGAAAACUCUUCUCCCGCUUGCCAGGCGAAUAAACAAAAACGAGAAGGAUGAAGAGAGUGUGAAUGAAUGGUCUAACAAGCUCAAGAAGCUCAAUGAGGAUGGGUUUCAACCAGAGAUUGUUUUUUUGGAUACAGGCCUGAUUACUGAACUCGACGACAAAAACCGUGGUAAUUUUUUGGAGCUAUUCCAAGCUGUCUCUCAUUUUGACGGUUAUCGCGUCGGACAACUCAUGAUCGAAAGAUCUCGAUCUCCCGAGCUAGCGACGGACAAGGAAACUUUCGCACUUAAGAUGCAGCACAUAGUGCUGGGGGUGAAGAGCAAGACAUUUUCGCUAGCAAGGAUCAGGCUAUCGGAGGUGCUCUCACAUGUUCUGUCAAGUGUGCGCGAACACCACGUCAAGAUGGAGGCUGAUUUCGUUAAUACGGUACUGUCUAUUCUUUUGCUUGAAGGUAUCGGUCGUCAGCUUGAUCCUAACAUGGACCUAUUUAAGGCCGCUAUACCGAUUCUGCGUCAGUUGGGCAAGAAAGUCGGCACUUCUGGCAGCUAUGCACAGGUCGAUAAGGGUAACCUUGGUGCCAUGUUAAAGCUCUGGGUAUGGAUGGAAGCACGUGAAUUCGUUUCAAGUGUCAACGAAAUGGACGAAUGUAUCCGGUACGACUGGCUUAGCCCGAACAUAUAG